AGGAGAGAGAGAGAGAGAGAGAGAGAGAGAGCGAGCGAGCGAGGGAACGGGAUAAUUAUACGGACACUUCGUCGGCUUUAUAGCGACCAUUAAACACAGAGAAACACUUGUUUGUUGUGGAGGAUAAACCGGGAGUCGGAGAGAAACAGUGAGACCGGGAGAGGACAGAGGGGGCAGCCGACUUUCUCUGAAGUUGAAGCCACAAUUUCGCUCGUUUGAAGGAGCCCAGCGACCCGUUGUUGUUGUUGUUAUUAUCAUUUUUACUUUGGAUUUCUCUAACGAAAGAGGGGGGAAAACGCGGGCACGAAUGAAAUGAGCAAAAGUUGAAGUUUGACGGCAGACGGUAAAUGUUGUGACAUUUUAGGACGGCGUAAUUUCGCUCCAGCGGUCGACGGUCGAGUGGCGGGGUAAAACCCGAGCUGUCAAACCCGAUGACUACUGCAAACUGCCCCGGGAAUGAGGAGCUGGACUUCAGACUGAUCUUCGGAGAGGACGGGCAGCAGCAGCCGUUAGGCCCCGCAGAUCUGGAGCCUGAUGACAGCACAUCGUUCUAUAUCCUAAAUGUAGGCCAGCCCCAGUCUAUGGUCUCUAACCACCAGUCUAUUGGCCUGCCACGUCAUGGCAUGCAGUCUCACUCCCAGGUCAUCAACACUUCACCACGCCUUCACUCACAUAAACCAGGACCUGAACCCCCGAGCUAUGAGGCACAAGACUCCAAAUAUGGCACCUCCCCCCUGUUGCCCUCUGCUCCUGUGGAGGCACCAAAGGCCUUUGAGUGCCCCAGUAUCCAGAUCACUUCCAUCUCCCCCAGCUGCCAGCAGGAGAUGGAUGCCAACGAGGAGGAUCUGAGGGCCAAUGGCCCUGAUGGGGAUUACCACGGUGACAGGCCUUUGUCCAGAGACCACCUGUAUUUGCCGCUGGACCACUCAUACCGGGACUCUUCUCUUAGCCCCAGCCCAUGCAGCAGCCUCUCCUCUAGGAGCUGGUUUUCUGAUGCCUCCUCUUGUGAAUCAUUCUCACAUGUCUAUGAUGAUGUUGACUCAGAGCUGAAUGAAGCAGCUGCCCGGUUUACUCUGGGCUCCCCUCUUACUUCCCCAGGUUGUGCCUCCCCUCAGACUGGGCCUGGAGUUCUGGAGGAGCAGCCCCACUGGCAGCACCACCACCCUGCCUUUGUGCACCACUCCCACUCAGUGAGCCUGUCUCCCCGACAGUCCCCUUGCCACUCGCCACGCACCAGUGUCACUGAUGAAAAUUGGCUUAGCCCGCGUCCACCUUCCAGGCCUUCCUCACGUCCAACCUCACCCUGUGGGAAGAGGCGCCACUCUAGCGCUGACAUCUGCUAUCCCAGCUCAUUGUCUCCUCAUCACUCACCCACACCCACGCCAGGACCUUCACCUAGGGGCAGCGUGACAGAAGACACUUGGGUUGGCAGUCCUUCUGUUGGCAUGUCACCCUUUCAGUGCUGCCCAUCUGAGGCAGACAUCCCCUCCAAGACAAGGAAGACCUCACAAGACAGAACAGCUAUGCAGACUGGGAAAGGGGAACUGGUGCUAGAUGACCAAGGAAAUAUGUCUCCUAAUCUAGACUCACCUUCAGAUGAGGCCUUGCACAGCCUGAAGAAGGAUGGGCCUGCAGAACAGUUCCUCUCAGUACCUUCCCACUUCUCAUGGAAUAAACCCAAGCCUGGUCAUACACCUAUAUUCAGAACCUCCUCACUGCCUCCUCUAGAUUGGCCACUGCCAAGCCAGUUCAGCCAGUAUGAACUGAAGAUAGAGGUGCAACCCAAAGCCCACCACCGAGCACACUAUGAGACCGAGGGCAGCAGAGGAGCCGUCAAAGCAGCAUCUGGUGGCCAUCCAGUCGUCAAGCUCAUUGGCUACAGUGAGAAGCCUGUCAACCUGCAGAUGUUCAUCGGAACAGCAGAUGACCGUUACUUAAGGCCGCACGCGUUCUACCAGGUGCACCGGAUCACCGGGAAAACUGUAGCGACAGCCAGCCAAGAAAUUAUGGUCUCCAGCACCAAAGUUCUUGAAAUUCCUCUCCUUCCUGAAAACAACAUGUCAGCCAGUAUUGACUGUGCUGGCAUACUAAAGCUGCGGAACUCAGACAUUGAGCUGCGGAAGGGGGAGACGGAUAUUGGACGGAAGAACACACGGGUCCGCGUGGUGUUCAGAGUGCACAUCCCUCAACCCAACGGGAAGGUGCUUUCGCUGCAGGCUGCCUCCAUUCCUGUGGAGUGCUCCCAGCGUUCAGCUCAAGAACUGCCCCAGGUUGAGAAAUCCAGCCUGACCAGCUGUCUGGUCAGCGGGGGAGAAGAGAUGGUCAUCACUGGCUCCAACUUCUUCCCAGAGUCCAAGGUCAUCUUCCUGGAGAAAGGCCCUGAUGGACGACCACAGUGGGAAGUUGAGGCAAAAAUAAUCCGUGAGAAAACUCAAGGUUCGUGCAUUGUGGUGGAUGUCCCUCCCUACCAUAGUAAGACUGUGAGCUCAGCUGUGCAGGUGCAGUUUUAUGUCUGCAAUGGAAAGCGGAAAAGGAGCCAAUCGCAACGCUUCACUUACCUUUCAGUGAUGGUUAAACAGGAGCACAGAGACGAGCUGGACCUUACUGCUGUACCCCCCAUUUCCAUGCCCCUGGCACAUGCUGCCAGUCUGGUGCGCACCCAGCUGCCUUCUCCUGAGCAGGGCCACCCAUCGGAAAACCUUCUGUCCAGCUCCCCUCACGGCCUGGGCACAGGCUCCGGACCUGGCCUGCUACCCCUGCAGGCCCCCUGCUCCUCCCUGGGCUCCCCGUCUUUCCAGCACCUGCCUCACCUCCAGGGUCGCAGUUUGCACCACCCCCCUGCAGACUGCCACAUGACGUUCCACUCGAGCUCUGCUCCUGCUCCUCUUGCUGCCCCUCCCCGGCCCUCCUACCAGCCUAUGCAACACAGCCACAGUCACGGCCUGUCCUUUAACGGCCAGCCCAGCCUUCCUCCUCAGGGCUAUGAGAGAAUGCCCUUUCAGCAGAGCCCCAGUGCAGCAUCACACCCAAUGGGCAUGGGAAUGGUGUACCCCUCCUCCCCUUGUUCCUCGCCGUCUGGUCCCUCCUCCGCAACCACCAAUCCCAUUGUUGGAUCCCCUCAGAGCCAGCAGCCCCUGCUCACCCCCUCAUCCCCACAUCUCCACACACUCGGAGGCUAUCACUGCUCUCCAAAUCCCACCCAGGUGCCCUCUCCAGGUGGGCACCCCCUUGCCGGGCAGCACUCCUCCCAGCUGCAGAGGGCCAUGGGCUACCACCCAGUAAGUCAAAGGUCAGCUUCCUGUCCCACACCAUCCAGCGCCCCUCCACCACGGAUGAUCCCCUCUCCCCACUCUGGGCCUUCUUCUCCCCAACUCCACUCCCUGCCCUACCAGUCUCCCACCUCAUCCUCCCCAACCUCAGGUGGCAGUCCUUUGGGGGCCAUGCAACAGCAGCAUUCAGGACAGCUAUCUCCCCAGGCUACAAGCCCAGUCAUGACCAGCUUGUCCCCGGCAGCAGUGGGGCCUCUUGUUCAUCCUCUAAGCCCUCAAGGGCCUUUUCCCUCAGACGGAGAGAGGCUGAACAUCAAACAGGAGCCAGAAGACAGGGAGCCCACCUUCCGCUCCAUCGGCCUGCAGGACAUCACGUUGGAUGAUGUAAAUGAGAUCAUCGGCAGAGACAUGUCCCAGUCCCCACGUGGUCCUCCGUCAGCACACAACCAGUCAUAGCUCAGCCCUCGCUCAAGCUCUGACACAUGCACCAUCCCCUCCAGCUCUCAACCCUGCAAACUCCACAGCUCCAACACGGACCCAGGUGCUGGUCCUGGUGCUGGUCCAGGUGGUAGAAGAGGGCUGAAGAGACAAGACUUGGUGGUCAAAGACAGAAGACAGCUGGUGAUUCUGCUAAAGCUACUACGACCACUAGCCUGAUGAGAAGACACUUGUUUUGAUUUCAUUUAAAACUGUGCUGUGUCUCGUCUUUAGAGAUGAUGGUACAGAACCAACAGCUUCACACAGAGUAAGCAGAAAUGUGAGCAGGAGGUAAUAGCCAUGUCAAGUUAGAGGAAGGCUGACAUAGUCGGAGAACAACGAGAAGCAAAACAUGCUUUCUCUUCAGCUCUUUGCCAUUCAGAGCUGUCUGUAAGUUCUCAGGCCUGAGUUUGCCGCGACCCGUCGCUCUUCAUUAGGAGUGUGCCUGACCCUUCAAACGCACCGCUGUCUUCCUGACCAAUCAGCUCUCACCUUUGCGAGUCUGGAGCACUCACUUUCAAUAGAACAGAGGGUGCUGCCCUCUCACCAGCAUCGACCUUCAUGAAUGAAGACGUCUUGUGACAUAAAAGAAUAAGAGACACUCAGAAGCGCACAGUGUUGUCACAGGGAGCCAGAGCUGGGUUUCAAACUCAUUCAGAAGGAUGUUUUUAUGGAGUUUCUCAGGCAACAUUGUUCAAAAAAAUAACAUCAGGAUGCUAAAAUUUCCAGAAUGCGACAAAGCAAUCUGAGUUCACUGGAGUGAACAGCAGCAAAAGUGUGGCACAAUGAGACUCAGUAAAAGUAAUAGUUAGCCAUCAGAUUGGAUCACCAAAUCAAACGUAACCAGCCCCAAUGAGCAGAACGCCCAUUUCCAGUAAAAAAAAAAAAAACAAAACAACUUUUUGACGGAUUUCAAAUUACUCGCUGUCAAACUAAGGAAGUAAACCUUGUGAUGGAAAGUGUCCUCUCCUUGUUUUUCCCCUUUUUAAAUGAUAAACCUCUUCAGGUCUGGAGUGCAGGGGCCCGGCGGGGAGAACGAGCUCCCGUGACGCUGGUCUUGGAUCUGCAACCUGCAACAUUCCACAACUUUUAGUAACCUUGCAGCCGUGUAGAUAUCUGUACAUUAAUUCCCACUCUUUUUCCUCCUUCUGUCUCCUUUGCUCCCCCUCCCUCUCCUGUGUUUCCUCUUCCAUUUGAACAAAGGCCUUAUUAACAUUUAGCAGCUUUGAAAGGUAGCAAAAGCUUUUUUUUGUUGUUGUUUUGCACAGCAGGCUCUACGUUUGACAGGAACGCUUUUUCGGAAACGGACGUGCAAGUCGGGUCACGUGGGUAUGAUUUCAUAAAUCCUGACGUGGGGGCGUUUGAAGAUAUACAAAGAUCCCGUUAGGUUUGUGUUACAGAGAAGUGUUUUCAUUGGUCCACAGAGACAGAACUCGCUGCCUCUGAAAUUUCUAUUCAUGCAAUAACUCCCCAAAUCUCACAGGGGGCCUCUGUGUGCCUUCUAUGUCCUAAGAGCCACCAUACUAACAGUGGUAUGGCAGCCUGGAUGGCAUGUAAUGCGUAAUAAUCUGACAACAGCUUUGAAAGUAUUUUAUACAUAAAGAUGUCUAUAUAUUACAUUUAUGUAUUGUGUCCCCUUCUAUAAUGAACAAGGUAAAAUCCCAGAGUCCAGAGAACAACAUCUGGAUGUAACGGGGUCUUCCACAUCCCCCUUUUUGCAAUUUUUACCUAUUUUGACAGAUAUGCAGUGCCUGUAUGGCAGCAAUAACACAAACUCGAGUGUUUUCAGACAGGUUUCUAGUCAGAGAUGACGUGGGUUUGAACAGAUAAAAUAGAGAUUCUGGUUUUAAAGAUUCCCAUUGGCUCUUUUUUUUUUUUUUUUUACAUUUUUUCCUUACGCUUGACAAUGAUGCUCCUGCAUGUGAGAGCUGAGGAGUGUUGCUUAUGAUGGUGUGAAGUCAGUUUCCAGGUGAAAAUGAUUCUGCUAUGCAUUCGAAUUCUGCCUAAUGCCUUUAAAAAUGAAAAAAGAAAAAAAAAAAAAAGACAAAAAAAGACCUUGAUGCCUAUAGAAGUAGACUGUAGACUUGUUGUAGAUGCUUGAUUGAUUCUGUUAGCAUUGUGGAUUUGUCCAUCAGCCAAUCUGCCUUGUCGAGGACACAGUGCAAGCAUCUUAAUAGGUUCAGGUGUGAGUGUGUGUGUGAGUGAGAGUGUGUGUGUGUGGAUGGAUGCUUGGUGUUUGUACCAAAUAUGCUGUACAGAAGACAGGAGUCCUACUUUCAACAACAGAAGCACACACAUGUAUUUAGGCUAUGCAAACUGUAACAGCAGCAAAUGUGAGAUAUGACAUUAAAUAUGAGAAAUGAGAUUAUAAACUACUUGUAAAGUUGCUUAUGAACUUCACAGAGAAAAAAAAAAAAACCUUCAGAUAGUGAGAGUAUCAUGUCACUAUGUAAACUAUUAGGAUGCCUUAACUCUUGUUUGAAAACCAGUUUGUCAGUGUGUCUGUAUGCUGUUCUGGGUUGAUUUUUUUUUUUUCUCCCCCCCAUGACUAAGACGUAAGUCGGUAACUAUUAUUAAUAUUUUCGUUUGUUUUGCGGGGGCCCCAUUAAGCGUCGGGUGGGAGAACUGAGAUGGCUUUUUGCAUAUAAAGUUGGUUCUGCAGCUUGAAAGACUUAAGUCGACAAAAAAAAAAAAAAAAAAAACAUGAAACAAAACCAGCAUUGACAGUAAACUCUGGCUGCCGUCCUCUUCUGUCACAACCAAAGACCGAACAAUAUGUUCCCAUUUUACAUGAUAGUAAAGCAACAGAGACUGUACAACUCUAUUUUUGAUACUUUGAAAUGGAUGUCAUUCCUAAGAGGUUGGGGACAUGUAUGACUGUCUAUAUAUACAUAUAUAUAUAUAUAUACACACACACGAAUAUAUAUAUAUAUGUAUAUAUACACAAAUAUAUAUAUGAAAUUGUUUUGUAAAAUAAAAGGGAAAUACAGGUUUAGCUGAUGUUUACCAAGCCUUGUAUUGUCAUUUCUUGUAUAUUUUGUAUGUUAAAUUUUUUGUAAUUUUUAAGACUGCAGUGCUUUUUGAAAUUAUUCAAAGGGAAUAAUACCUUGCAUCAUACUGUAGGCUCUAAAGUAGUGUAUGUCAAUAAAACAGAAAACUCAGCCAUG